AUGGAUUCUAGAGAUUUCAUUAGCAAUUUACCGGAUGAGGUUCUUGGCAAAAUCUUGUCAUUGCUUUGGACAAAUCGUGCUGCUUGCACAUCGGUUCUGUCCAAGAGGUGGAGGAACCUGCUUGAGCUUGUAGACAACCUUGAUUUGAAUGACGCAAGUGGUGACCAUCACUACUUCUGUGAUUUCGUGGACAGAACACUUGCCCUCUUAAGCAAUUCUAUAACUGUCAAGAGAUUCUCUCUGAACUGUACGUGCCAUGAAGCUUCUCGGAUAGACACUUGGAUUCGCACUGUCCUAAAGCGUGGCUACUUGGAACUUCACUUAGAGACAGCACAUAUGCAUUAUAUAGACACUGAGUUCUUCACGAGCAAAAAACUGGUUGAGCUCACUAUAUGCGGUUGGUUUUUUCGUCGGGGUCGUCUUCCUCGAGAGGGAGUGUUUUUCCCAGCGCUUAAAUCACUUUCCCUAGUUUCGGUGGAGUUUAAAGAUGAUUACAUGUAUCAGCACUUCAUCAAUGGCUGCCCUGUGCUUGAAGAAUUAUUCCUGCAUUAUUAUAAUCCCAACAGAUCCCUGGCUUGGAAUGGUGUCGUUUCGAGUCCUUCCAUCAAACGACUAAACAUCUAUCACCGUUUACCUGAUCAGUACCAUGAGAUGGCUGAAAAGGUUUGUGUGUUUCAGACACCCAAUCUUGUGUACCUUGAAUAUUCAAGUUAUGUCAAGGAAGAGUAUGAGGUUUAUUUGCCUUCCCUUGAAGAAGCUAGACUCGAUAUUCGAUCCUGGGAGAAACUUGCAGACGUGUACGAGGGCCAGGACCAGGACCAGGACCAGGACCAGUACGAGGACCAGUACGAGGAUGAGGAUGAGGAUGAGGAUGAGAGUGAUCAUGUGGAUGGUUUUGCAAUGUAUAGUUUGGGUGAUGUUACGGAUCUGGUUGCAGGGAUAAGCAAUGUUAAAACCCUUGUCUUAUCUUCUGAUUCUCUUAAGGUGUUUCACUUGUGCUGUGAUACAAUCCCUAUGUUUCACAACCUCCUUACUCUAUCCUUUGAGAGUGACAAAGAUAUAGCUGGCAAGUUGUGCCACUCCUCCUCAACAACUCUCCAAACCUAG